AUGAUUCAAUCAGAUAAACUAAAUAUAGAUGAAAAAACUUUAUUAGAAACAAUAGAUAGAAUCUCUGCAUAAUUAGAUUAUUUUGAGUAAAAAUUGCAGUCUAAUUUACAGGUCUUACUUCUAGUUGGUAAUACAGGAUCAGGAAAAAGUACAAUUUUCAAUUUUCUUUGUGGAGCUAAAUUCAAAUAUGUAGUUACUGAUGAUGAGGAAUAUUUAGAUUUAGCUAAUAAUUCUGAUUUAUAUUCAGAAAUGAAUAGUGGAAUGAAAUCAGUUACUAGAGAGCCUAAAUACUAUUAUCAUGAAACCAUUAAUCAUUUAUUAAUUGACUUUCCAGGAUUUCAUGAUACAAAUGGAGAAAUAGAUUAGUUAAUUAUUUAGAUGAUUUUCUAUAAAUUUAUUACAAGAUCUAAUGUAAAAAUAGCGUAUGUUAUCACUCAUCCCCAAGUUAAUUUUUUUGAGAGAGGUCAUGCAUUAUAAUCAUUUAUUAAUAGUGUUUUUAAAGAAAAAAAUGUUGAUAUCUCUAAACUUGCAUUAAUUUUAAACCAUUAUAAUGAUAAUAUGAAAGAAGAGAAAUUAAUUAUUAAUGUUUAAAAAUAAUUAAAAGAAAUAGAAGUAGCUAAGCAUGAAUGGAUUUCUGUUAUUAGAAGAAUUAAUAGUUAAGAAAAAUUAGAUGAAGUUUUCUCAGUUGAUAAUAGAGAAAAAUUGUGGUGUGAAUUAAUUACUGUUAAUGAGAUUUAAUUUUAACCUUAAUUUUUACCAUAUAGUGAUAGAAUUAGUACUUAUAUUACAGAAAAAAGUAGUUUAAUAUUAAAUUAAAUUUGUUAAUAAAUGGAUUAUAAUCUAUCAAUAAAAUCAAAGGAAUUAAAUGAUGAGUAAUUCAUUUUAUUGCAAAGUCUAAUAAAUUCUAUAUCACAUAUACUUUCAUAAACACCUGAACAUAUAGAAGAUUGGUUCAAUAAAUUUAUUAAUGUUUCAUUAGAAUUAUCUUCAACUUUCCAUUUUGAAAAUGAUAUAAGUGAAAAAAGUACAAAUUUCCUUAAAAUUUUUAAUUUCUUUUCAUUUUUCUCUGAAUUCAUUUAUGGAUAUUCAGCAUUUGAAAAACAUUGUAUAUAAGUGCAAUAGAAAUGUACUUAUUUCUUAGAAAAUUUAUAAAAAAAGAUUGAAUUACAAAGAGCUUUUGAAGAAAGGAAUAGAGAAUAAUAAAAUAGAAUUAAAGCAGAGUAAUAAUUUACAACAGAAUCAUAAAUAAGAAUAUAAAAAGAAUAAUUGUAUGCAUAAGAAUAUGAAAAUAGAAUUAAGUAUGAAUAAUAAUUAAAAAUGGAAUAAUAAUUAAGAACUGUUUUAGAAUAAGACAAAAAAGGAAUGGAAUAAUAAUAUAAAGAAUAUUGUGAAAAGUCUCUUUAAAUAUAAUCUAAUUUAUAAAAUUUAAUUUAAACAGAAAAAAUUGAAAAAUAAUAAGUAGAAUAAGAUCUUAAAAGAUAAUUGUAAGAAUUAUAAAAUAAAUUAAAUGAAAUGGAAUAAAGAAGAAAAGAAUGGCUAGAACAUAGAGCUAAGGGACCUCAUUUUGGACAUCAUGGACAUCAUGGUCCUGGACCUCAUGGACCAGGACACCAUCCAUGGUUUAAAAAAUGA